UUCCGGCUGCCUCCUCCUCCUCCUAAAGUCGUCCACUCUCCAUCCUCAUCCAUCCAUCAUCAUCGACUCGUCCUACCGGCACCACGUCUCGAGUCCACCGCACCAGAUGCCCGAUUCAGCCUUUUGCAGCCUUCCCGCAGCGACGAUGGCUGGUGGUGUGACGGCAUUCCCGGCGGUUUUUGUACUGCUGGCGCUCGUCCUCGUGUCGAGCGUGCCGUCCACCACGCUGGACUUUGGGCAAGUUCCUACGGCCACCUACGUGACCGACACCAGUUACGACGCCGGCGCCAUCGGAACGCUCUUCUUGAUGAUGCACAAGUUUCUGGACCUCGUUCAGCCGAAUUCAUUUCCUCACGAGCUACUCGCCAAAGCUAUGAAGCAAGGUUUUGGAGUCGUAAACAAGGACUAUCGCCAGAUCAUCCGCUAUGAGCUCGGCUUUAUCGUGUGCGCGGCUUUGGGCGUCGCCUUCCUGCUGCUGCUCCCGCUGGCGGGCUGCUGCAUGUGCCGCCGCCGCCGCUGCUGCGGGAACCGCCGCGGAGAGAUGCUUCGGAGGCCACGGAAGAACGACGACUGCAAACGCAGCUGCCACGGCGCCUCGCUCCUCCUCGUCACGCUCGCCGUCGAGGCGGGCAUUGUGUGUGCCUACGUGGCCAACAACAAUGUGACCAACAAUAUCCGGCAGUCGGAGACCCUGCUGUCGAGCAACUUGAAGGACGUCCGGACCCUGCUCAACACUACGCCCCGUCAAAUCGACUACAUCGUUGAAAAAUACAACAUCACGAAGGACAGGGCGGUUUCCGAUCUCGACCACGUGGGACCGUUGCUGGGCCAGAGGAUCCAGAGGCGGCUGGGCACGAAGGUUUAUCCCGCGCUACGGGCUGCCCUGCAGAUGGCCGACGUGAUGUUGGCGACGCGCCUGGCGCUGCUGGACGUCAACACGUCGCUCUCGGUGCUGCGCGACGGUUCCGAGAAGCUGCAGAGGAACUUGACGACCGUGCGCAGCGGCCUUAACGCGACCCUCAAUGACCCCGUGUGCCAGAGGGCUCAGCGGUGCGUCGCCAUGUCGGGGCAGCUCGUCCUGCUGAAUAUCCACGCCGACUUCAGCUUGCCGCAGGACGUGUCCCGGGAAUUGGAGCAGGUGAAGAGACUGCUAGACACCAACUUUACAGCGAUGGUUGACAAGGGUUAUGCAGCUUUUAAUGGCACGCCUGAAAUCAUCGCACAGCAAACGAGAAACAUUGCUGCAGGCGUGAAGGAUCUACUGGACCACGUGGGCACCAGCAUCAAGACGACGGCGAGGCAGCUGCCCCUUCAGCUCGUGGUGCACAACGGCACCAAGUACCUGGACAUGGGCCAGGCGCUGGUGCACGAGCACCUGCCCACGGUCGCCCAGUACGACUUCUACAGGUGGCUCGUGUGCGUCGUCCUCUGCUCGCCUCGCGGGCCCUCGUGGUGCUGCUUCAACCUGCUGGGCCUGCUGUGCGGCACGUGCGGCUACGGCGAGCACGCCGGCGGAAAACUUCCUGAUGGCCAGCCCAAAUUUGCCAAUGGCGUGGGCUUCAGCUUGACCUUCUCGUGGCUGCUGAUGCUGGUGGUGACGCUCACGUUCGUCCUGGGCGGGAACGUGGAAAAGCUUUUCUGCCAGCCCUUGGCCGACAAUAACCUCUUCAAGUUCUUCGAUACGCCAAAUCUGUUCAAGCCGAAGCAUCUCUUGCCAGGAGUUCUCUUCAACAAUCCAGACCUGAACAUUACCAUUGAGGGCGUAUACAGUGAUUGCAAAAGUAACACAGGGAUCCAUUCUGCUUUUCAACUCUCAAAUCUAUUCAACUUGGACAGCCUCCUAAACAUCACUCGGUAUACGGAUGACAUCGCAAGCAAAUUUGACCCCAUCAAUGUGAACCUGUUGGACAUGAAGCUGCUGGAACCCAGUGUCAAGCAGAGCCUGCUGGACUUCGCAACGACUGGAAUCGGCAGAAUCGACUUCAGCGCAUUCAGCGCAGAGCUCAACAAAGGCAUUUCUGAGGUUGAUCUGCUUCUGUUUGCCGAUGAACUCAGCGAAAAAGCUAAACACCUGAGCGAGGCGCUGGCGAACGCGCUGCGGGGACACGCGGCGAGCAUCCGCUGGAUUCACUACAACCAAGUGGUGCUUCUCAACAGCAGCGUGAGUACUUUGAACAAGAGUUUGAACUCUUUCCAGAGGACAUCCCUUGCUCUGCAGAGUGCGAUUACAGAAGCCAUUGACAAAUUGGACAUUGCCCAGAGUCUCAUCAAUAACAAUGCCUCAGAGGUUAUCAUUGGGGAAAUGAAGACCUAUAUGGAGACUAUAAUAGGAUACUUCGAGAGUUACGUUACUUGGACAAAGUUUUCCAUUUCCAACAAGGUGGGCGCCUGCAAGCCGCUCUCCAACCUGGUUGACUCUGUAGACAUCAUUGUGUGCAGCUACGUGAUGGACUCGCUGAACGUGUUUUGGUUUGGCCUCGGUUGGGCGACGGUGUUUCUAGUCCCGAGCAUCAUUUUUGCCGUGAGGCUGGCAAAAAACUACCGGCGAAUGGACACCGAGGACAUGCAUGAUGAUGCUUCAGUCACGAGGAUCUGGAAUUUAGCCUUCUGAUCGCCAUUCCUACUUUUGAAGUCGUGUUAGUUUGUUUGAUGGUUCCACUUUGGAAUGUUUUGCCCGUUCUUUUUUGUUGUGAAAUUCUGCACGCCUUUCUCAUCGCAACUGCACACUUUUGUUUGUUAGCAAAUGUACAAUUCAUCU